AUGGCCAUCGAAACCCACCCAGCUCCUCUCCUCCAACCCCAACCCCAACCAGCCCCCGAGAACAUAGUCCUCGGCACAAAAACCCGUCUCCCAGAGUUCAGCCUCGCCGGAAAAGUCAUCUGCGUCUCCGGCGCAGCCCGCGGCCUCGGUCUUACACAAGCAGAAGCCCUCCUCGAAGCAGGCGCAAUCGUCUACGCUCUGGACCGGCUGGAAGAACCCGACCCGCACUUCCACACAAUCCAAGCACGAGCCAAGACCGAACUCUCCACAACCCUGUACUACCGUCGCAUCGACGUGCGUGACACAGCGCUCCUCAACGCUGUCGUCGAAGACAUCGCGAAUACACACGGCCGGCUGGACGGGCUCAUCGCGGCCGCGGGCGUGCAGCAGGAGACCCCCGCGCUGGAGUACACGGCCGACGAUGUCAACCGGUUGCUGGGGAUUAAUGUGACGGGGGUGUUUAUGACUGCGCAGGCGGUGGCGCGGCAGAUGGUGAGGUUUGGGAGGGGUGGGAGUAUUGUGCUUAUUGCUAGUAUGAGUGGGACUGUUGCGAAUAGGGGCCUCCCCUGCCCCGCCUACAACGCCUCCAAAGCCGCCGUCCUCCAACUAACCCGCAAUCUAGCCAUGGAAUGGGGCCCGUAUAACAUCCGGGUUAACUCUUUGUCCCCCGGGUACAUACUAACGUCGAUGGUGACUGAUUUGUUCGAGGAAUAUCCUGAGCGAGCAAGCGAGUGGCCUAGGCAGAAUAUGCUGGGCCGGUUGUCGAGGCCGGAGGAGUACCGGGGGGCUGCUGUAUUCUUGCUCAGUGAGGCGAGUGGGUUUAUGACGGGGGGUGAUCUGAGGGUUGAUGGGGGACAUGCGGCUUGGUAUCAUCAAUCCGUCUAA